AUGUCCGCCCUCACCCACACCACCCGCGCCCCAUCUCGACGAGCCCUCGCCGCCCUCCAAAAGUCUCGCUACCCACUCGUUCAGAGCACCCAACAAGCCGCCUUCUCCUCCACCCCCCAACAUGCCCUCCCCUCGCCCUCAGAGAGCAUGUUCCGCUCCUCCUCCACCGUCGGCGGCCCACCCAACACCUACUUCCAACGCUCCUCCCUCCCCGCCAACACCAUCGUCAAAUUCGUCCCCCAGCAAACCGCCUGGAUCGUGGAACGCAUGGGCCGCUUCUCCCGCGUGCUGGAACCCGGCCUCGCCAUCCUCGUUCCCGUCAUCGACCGCAUCGCCUACGUCAAGAGCUUAAAAGAAAACGCCAUGGAGAUCCCCUCCCAAAGCGCCAUCACAGCCGACAACGUGACGUUGGAACUCGACGGCGUCCUCUACACGCGCGUCUUCGACCCUUACAAAGCAAGUUAUGGAGUGGAAGACGCAGACUACGCCAUCUCGCAGCUCGCGCAGACGACCAUGCGCAGCGAGAUCGGCCAACUGACGCUCGACCACGUGCUGAAAGAGCGUCAAGCGCUCAACACGAACAUCACCCAGGCGAUCAACGAGGCCUCCGCGGACUGGGGGAUUAGGUGCUUGCGGUACGAGAUACGUGAUAUCCAUGCGCCCGGGCCAGUGGUGGAGGCGAUGCACAGGCAGGUUACGGCUGAGCGCAGCAAGCGCGCGGAGAUUCUCGAUUCGGAGGGGCAGAGGCAGAGCGCGAUCAAUAUUGCUGAGGGGCGGAAACAGAGCGUUGUGCUGGCGUCUGAGGCCGUGAGAGCGGAGAAGAUCAAUAGUGCGUCUGGUGAAGCGGAGGCGAUACUGCUGAAAGCGACAGCGACGGCGAACGGGAUCGAUGCUGUCGCGAGAGCGAUCGAGGAGGGCAAGCAGAGCGCGCAGGGCGCUGUCUCCCUCUCAGUGGCGGAGAAGUACGUGGAUGCGUUCGGGAAGCUGGCGAAGGAGGGCACGAGCGUGGUGGUGCCGGGGAACGUGGGGGAUAUCGGGAGCAUGAUCGCGACGGCGAUGAGUGUGUAUGGGAACGUCAGCAAGAGCCAGGCGCAGAGUAUGGCGCAGAAGGCGGUGACGGGGGGUGAAGGGGUUGAGGGCGAGAGCGGGAGUGAGAGGCAGCAGCAGAGUCGGGAACAGAUGCAGGCACAGCUGAGUGCGGGUGAUGAGGCGAUUGAGGGGAACAUGACUGAGGCGGCGGCGAGGCGGAAGCGGGAUAUGGCGCAGAGUAUGCUGGAGAGUUUUGAUCGGACGCAGCAGAGGCAUUGA